UACGGACGGAAAAGUACAUAUGGGUACUGCUGCCAAGUCCACAGCUGGUCCAGUCUGGACUGGUUUUGUUUAGCCUCACACGUUCAUAGUCUCUUUUAGGAUGAGCUAAAAUGGAGCUGUCGGUUCUGUUGCUGCUGACUCUGCCGGUUCUGACCUCGACCCGGUCUCCGAGCUGCAAGAACCAAGACUCAUCCGCCUCUGACAUGCCAGAUCCAGCUCUGGAGAACCAACACCCAGACAUAGCACCCGUUAAAAAGUCUUGUAAGCUUCCUCCAUCAUUGAGGAGAAAUAUGUCCGACUCUGAAUCCUUCCACUUUGAUGAAAGCAACCUGGAGUGGAAGACCACGUCUGGGGACAUCCUCCAGGGGGCGGUGUCCAUCUACAACAGCUACUCUAAACGUGUGGACUACAUCUGCAAAGUGGGUUGCAAUGCGGGCUACUACAACCCCGAGAGCGGUAGCUACUGCACCUUCUCCUACAACGGCAACGGGUACAGCGAGUCGCCAUUUGAGAUGCUGGUCAACAAAGACCACUUUGAGGUUCUGCUGUGGAAACCAGGCUCCUACGGUUCUGUGACCCCGUCUUCUAUUAAGACCUGCCAGAAUGAAGACCUAUACGUUGGUAAGAACCAGUACGGUUUGGGGAAAGUGAAGGUCAGUGAUCAGGCCUUCUACCUUGCCUGGGGGGGCACGGAGUACUGGUACCGUGACUAUCAGGUCCUGGAGGUGGAGAAAGAUGUAAGAAAGGAGGACUUGAUGGACAUCCAGUACCACACAGACGGCAUCACUCCCUCAGAGUAUCCUCCUGAGAUCUUGAACCAGGACACGGUCUUCAAUUACAACUGCCAGAUCAUCAAACGUACGUCCACGCUUUCAAAGAGCAUCUCCAGGUCCAGCAAGUGGGACACCACCUUCGCCUUCACGGCAGGACUCGGCACCACAAUCCAAACCGGAAUCCCCUUCAUUGCUGAAGGAAAGAUCCAGUUUCGGGUUUCUGCAAGCUACAAGUUGGUGAAAGGGACCACUCUUACCGAGACCACCACCCACUCUCUCUCCGUGGACACCGUGGUCCCGAUCGGCCACUCGUGUACCAUCACCAUGCAGGGCAAGAAGUACGGCCUGGACAUCCCGUACACGGCGCGCCUCAAACGCACCUACAGCACCGGCGAGACCACGUGGACCAGCGUCACCGGCACCUACAGGAGCGUCCAGGUCUCGGAAGUCCAGGCUGUGGUGGACCGCUGUCAGCCUCUACCCGACGCCAAGCCUUGCUAGGACGCCACGCGCCACUCGUACGUCGCUUUCGUGUCCCGACUGCAAUAAAACCAAUCGAGACAAA